GCCGCCAGUCGAGAUGGGUGUUUCCCGCCUGCUCGUGUCGUCCCUCUUAUGGGUAGCGAGCACCAGCGCGAUUACCGAGUCCUCCCCUAAUGCGAACCACAUCUUCAACUCCGUCCAUUCGUCGAUGCGGCAAUGGGGCUCGUCGUUGCAACACAACGGCAUGUCCUUCUUCUUGGCGACGGUUCCCACUGGCACACAGUUCUACCACGGCAACGCCAAUCCCGCGCCGGUCAACGGUACGGAAUGGCUCGCCUUCGAGCCGGAGCAUGCCCUGGUCUUCGCCCGGCCGUUCCGUGGUCCGCCGCCCCCUGACGAUGACGAAAAGAAAGACUUGCGGAGAAAGAGGGUGGAUGUCGAGCAACAAGAGUUGGAAGCAGGCUGGUUGCACACCUACACCGCUGCGAAGAACCUUCGUCUGCUGUAUGUGGAUGGUAUGUCAGCGGGUAAGACCGCUAACGGGACGCUCGACGCAGAGGACCGUAUCUUGUUCCAGGAUAACCUGCCUGGUGAUGGAGCGAUGCAUGGCGAGCGCGAAUGGGCGGUUGAGUUCUGCCGCAUGGCACGGGAGGAUUUCGACGGCCGACUGGAUGGAUUGCUGCGCAUGGAAGCCGGCUUCGAGGUUAUUCUCUGUGACUUUGCGCGUGAUCUGAACGAGGUUCGUGUCACGCAGGUCAAAUCGGACAAGUCAUCUGGUCGCAGGGGACCGGGCAAAGGGAAGGGCAAAGGGAAGGGGGGGCCGCCGGGCGGAGGCACGGAUUGGUUGAAGGGCAUCACGGCGCGAUAUGGCGGUAUCGGAGGCCAUCGAGUCGCUUUGAACUAUGAGACUUUUGUGUCAGCCUACACGUACGGUCUGGAUCUGUUCCAUUCUGCGAACGAGACCUUCUCACUUCCACGCCUUAUGCAUCUCUCCUCCCCGGAGCUGCAGCCUAUCCGCGACGAUCUGCGCCGCCUUAUCCUGGAUCAUGCCGCCAAGGAUGCCCUGUACGACUGGCAGGCGAUCGCUGAUAUGGUCGUGGAGCGGUAUGCGCGCGACAUCCGUUACCUCGCAUCCGGGGAUGUCACGACUUUAGAAGAGCUGCAUGCCGAGAUUGAGAACAUGAUGACCCCAUUUAUCGACUAUUCGGAUCGCGAUACUGACGCGGAGCAGGAUCGCUGUGCUCACCAAUUCAUUCCUGGAGAAGUUGCGACUGAUAGCGUAGCUGCCACCGCCAUUCACUCCGUGGCACGUAGUAUUUGCUCGACCAUGCUGGCAGCCUGGCAGGAGAUUGAUUACCAGACUGCUGUCAGUCACUUCCGGAAGCUGAUGAAAUACCUGGCUUGGACGACUUGGAAGCAAUGCAGUGGCUGUGGCGAUCAUGAGGUCUGCGUGGUCCCCAUUUGGCCGAUGGGCACAAUUGAGGACUAUGAACACCCCCAAUGUCGAGAUUUCUCGAACCCCGUCAGCCCCGGUCAGGGCUAUUGGGGCAACCCUCGUGGUCCCCGGCCUCCUAAAGGGGAGGAAGCAGCUGGCCUGUUGGAACUGUUUGUUUCUUAUCUCCAGCAUAUAAUUGGAGCGCUUCUAGGAAUGGAUUUCUAA